CGCCCGCGCGCGCCCCGCCACUCCGCAGGCGGGGAUCCCAGUCCUGAGGAGAAAGCCCGAGGGGACUGCCGGCAGCGCCCAACCACCAUGAGUGAAAUUCCUAAGGACUCCUUGAAGGCCAUUCUGUUGGAGUUAGAAUGUCACUUUACAUGGAAUUUACUUAAGGAAGACAUUGAUCUGUUUGAUGUGGAAGAUACAAUUGGUCAACAGCUUGAAUUUCUUACCACAAAAUCCAGACUCACUCUUUAUAACUUAUUGGCCUAUGUGAAACACCUGAAAGGCCAAAAUAAAGAUGCUCUAGAGUGCCUGGAACAAGCAGAAGAAAUAAUCCGUCAAGAACACUCAGACAAAGAGGAAAUACGAAGUCUGGUCACUUGGGGAAACUAUGCCUGGGUAUAUUAUCACAUGGACCAGCUCAAAGAAUCUCAGAAGUAUAUAGACAAGAUAGGGAAUGUUUGUAAGAAAUUGUCCAGUCCUUCUAACUACAAGUUGGAGCGUCCUGAGAUUGACUGUGAAAAAGGGUGGGCACUCUUGAAAUUUGGAGGAAAGUAUUACCAAAAGGCUAAAGUGGCUUUUGAGAAGGCUUUGGAAGCUGAACCUGACAAUCCAGAAUUUAACAUCGGCUAUGCCAUCACAGUGUAUCGGCUGGAUGAUUCUGACAGAGAAGGGUCUAUAAAGAGCUUUUCCCUCGGUCCUCUGAGGAAAGCUGUUACCUUGAACCCAGAUAACUCCUACAUUAAGGUUUUUCUGGCACUAAAGCUUCAAGAUGUACAUGCAGAAGCUGAAGGGGAAAGGUAUAUUGAAGAAAUCCUGGACCAGAUAUCAUCCCAACCAUAUGUCCUUCGUUAUGCAGCCAAAUUCUACAGGAGAAAAAAUUCCUGGGACAAAGCUCUGGAACUUUUGAAAAAGGCCUUGGAGGUGACACCAACCUCUUCUUUCCUGCAUCACCAGAUGGGACUUUGCUAUAGGGCACAAAUGAUCCAAAUCAAGAAGGCCACACGCAACAGACCUAAAGGAAAGGAUAAACUGAAAGUUGAUGAGCUGAUUACAUCUGCUAUAUUUCAUUUCAAAGCAGCUGUGGAAAAGGACUCUAUGUUUGCAUUUGCCUACACGGAUCUGGCCAACAUGUAUGCUGAGGGAGGCCAGUAUAGCCAUGCUGAAGACGUUUUCCAGAAAGCCCUUCGUCUGGAGAACAUAACUGAUGAUCACAAACAUCAGAUCCAUUAUCACUAUGGCCGCUUUCAGGAAUUUCACCGUAAAUCAGAAAGUACUGCUAUCCACCAUUAUUUAGAAGCCUUAAAGGUCAAAGACCGGUCAUCCCUACGCACCAAAUUGACAAGUGCUCUGAAGAAAUUGGCUGUCAAGAGACUCAGCCACAAUGCUUCAGAUGUGCAGAGUUUAAGUGCCCUAGGGUUUGUUUACAAGCUGGAAGGAGAAAAGAGGCAAGCUGCUGAGUACUAUGAGAGGGCCCAAAAGGUAGACCCAGAAAAUGAAGAAUUCCUUACUGCUCUCUGUGAGCUUCGACUUUCUAUUUAAAUACAUACUCUAGGAAAUUAGUUCUAAGCUUUCCUCUCCAUUUUGGGUCAUUAUAUUUUUUUGUUUAUUAUU